GCGGCUUCGUUCUACUGUGAUAAAAUGGGCUUCGAGCCUUUGGCCUAUAAGGGUCUGGAGACCGGCAGCAGGGAGGUGGUGGCCCAUGUGAUCAAACAGGACAAGAUCAUAUUUGAGUUUCAAUCUGCGCUGAAUCCAGGAUAUGAAGAAAUGGGAGAACAUCUGAUGAAACAUGGAGAUGGAGUCAAAGACAUUGCCUUCCAGGUGGAGGACUGUGACUUCAUCAUUAAGACAGCAGCAGAGCGUGGGGCAGUGGUGCUGAAGGAGCCCUGGGUGGAGCAGGACAGUCAUGGAAGAGUCAAGUAUGCCAUGGUUCAGACGUACGGAGACACCACUCACACACUGGUGGAAUAUCUGGGACCCUAUAAAGGUCUGUUCCUGCCUGGAUACAAGGAACCCCUGUUCAGAGACCCCCUGUUGAAGACACUACCGGCCACGGGUCUGAACUUCAUCGAUCACAUUGUGGGAAACCAGCCAGAUGAUCGGAUGGUGCCAAUAUCAGACUGGUACCAGAAGUGUUUGUUGUUCCAUCGGUUCUGGUCAAUAGACGACAAACAGAUCCACACCCAGUACAGUGCCCUGAGGUCCAUUGUGGUGACGAACUACGAAGAGACCAUCAAGAUGCCCAUCAACGAACCGGCCUCAGGGAAGAAGAAGUCCCAGAUCCAGGAAUACGUGGACUACAACGGUGGUGCCGGCGUGCAGCACAUCGCCCUCAACACGUCCAACAUCAUUCAAAGUAUCGUGAAUCUUCGUGCCCGGGGGAUGGAGUUCCUUUCAGCACCCGACACGUACUACGACACCCUGCGGGAGAAACUGAAAACCGCCAAGAUCAAGGUGAAGGAGGACCUGAACCGGCUACAGGAACUGAAGAUCUUGGUGGAUUUCGACGAUAAGGGCUACCUCCUCCAGAUCUUCACCAAACCGGUCCAGGACCGGCCCACCCUGUUCCUGGAGGUCAUUCAACGCCACAACCACUCGGGCUUCGGUGCAGGAAACUUCAAGUCACUCUUUGAGGCCAUUGAGAAGGACCAGGACGCCCGAGGGAACCUGACCGCCCUGACCCCUGAGGGCCAAACCAAGACCUUCUACUGA